CACGGAUAGUCGGAACACCGGCGGUGCUGAGUGGAGGUUGGGCUGUUCUGGUUCUGUUGGUGGCCCUCGUUAUCAUAUCCCCGCCCUCCAGUGUUCCCGCUCUCCUGAGGGCGGUUCUUUAAAUUGUCCAAAAACUCCUCCUGUCCGACUCCGGCGCCUUUCAUUCCUUUAUCUGCGCGAGACGCACGUGCUCUACCGAGGGAAACCUUUGGAUUAAACUUCUCACCGUGCUGGUUGGAAGAGCAAAUAUGAGCGACAAGGGGACAGUCUCACCGAAAGAGAAGGAGGCGGCAGAGAAGAGAGGGCGUGGAAGACCCCGCAAAUCGCUCGAGGUGAAAACCUCUGACGAGCCAAGUGGGUCACCAACUCCAAAGAGGCCCAGAGGGCGACCAAAGGGCAGCAAAAACAAGACUGCUGGCAAGGGCAAGAAAGCACCAGCAGCUGCGUCUGCAGGGGGCAAACGCAGGGGCAGACCCAAGAAGGAGGAGAAGGAAGAAAAAGCAUCCCAAGAAUCAUCUGAAGAAGAAGAAGAGGGAGAAGAGGAAGAGGACCAGUAACUCAACAGGACGCUACCUCACUCAACAUACUGACUUACUGUUAAUCAGAACUGGGCUGUUUCUCCAACGCCAGUGCCACCACAUGACCACUGUUCACGACAAAGCCCGCCUUUAGCCAAAGGCGGGUUAACACAGUACAUAAAUCAUGCAGCAGCACUGGAUAUAAACAGAUGGACUUGCUCAAGCUUAGAUUUACGAGGCAGGUGACAGUCCUCCUACAUGUCAAGUCUCUCAUACUGGACAAAAUGUGCUCUCAGGAGCCUGGGUGUUUGUUUUUUCUCCCCUAAACAAUGGCUUCAUGAACUUUUUCUCUGCUUAGUGGUAUUUGUUGAAUCUGAAAACCAUAUAGAUUUCUCUCCUUUUGUUUUAACUGGAUGACAAAGGUGAAAUUUACCUAUUUUGUGUGUGUGUGUGUGUGUGUGUGUUUUCAGGUGGAAAGGUUGACCUAUCCUUUGCAUUAUAUUAGAUGGAGAUGAGCUCCAGUGUUUAGGAUGAGUAGGUUAUUAACGGUAGAGGUGUCAUGUUUUAUUUUUUAGGUCUACUUAGUCGAGGCCACAGUUUUCCUGUAGGACAGAUCAGAUUUUAGCUUCUCAAACAUUCUCAGUCUUUCUGCAUGUAGAGGGGAGAUAUACCAUUUAAACAAAAUCCUGUGUGCGCUGCUUUUCGUGUUAUGACUUGUUUAUUGGGGGGGGGGGCAUGUUUUUAAGGAUAGCAUUAAAAGAAUUUUAGGUUGAACGUAAUCAGUGUUGUUUUCUUCAGGGAGCUUUUUAUAAAUGCUGUUAUAUUUUGGUCUCGUCUUCACAGUCGGCUUUUCGUGAGCACUCACUCAAUAGUUUGUGAAACUAACUGCAAUUGGUCAAACAAAGAGUUUGAUUGUAAUAGUGGAUAGUUGGUGGCACUACUAUCCAACAGGGCUGUACAUUUUUCAUUCCAUUUAGUGAUCACUGCUUGGGUUUUUUUUCUGAUUUAGUAACAAACUGGUAAAUAAAAUCCCCCUACUCUUCUGAGUGUGUGUUCUCUGUAUGCUAAAGAAAGUUGUGUAUUUUUAUUGUCAGGGAAGUUGUUCAGUUCACCUAACUGGGUUUAUUUUCCACAUACCUAAGCUGCUACAACCUCAGUUACAAAACCCGGAAAACUGCAAACGGGCACGACAAAUGCCCGGACAUUCAUACCUCACGUAAUCCGGUCACUUAAUAAUAUUGUUGCAUUUAACUGGUUCUUUUCGUUGUAAUCUCUAGCAUGAUUUGAAAAAAUGUUAUUGCAAUUUUUUUUUUUUUACCCGAUUGUAACGGUGUCCAAGAUGUUGAGUGUAUACAUUUUGCACGCUCACAUCUGAGCUCAUUCACAGCCAGAGCUUAGACAUGUUGAGAUGGCAGUGAAGUAAAUCAGCUUGACCACCAAGUUCAUGGACUGGUAGAUUAGCAAGUUUUUUUUCUUUAAAUCAUUCUGGUGCACUGAUAUGUUGGUUUAAAUUUUCAUGGACAAAAUGCGUUUGUGUAGACUCUUCGCUGAUCUGUUGUAUGUUGGACUUAAAACAGCCACGCUUACCAUAAAACUCGUCAUGUCAUUUUUAUUUUAAAUCCUGGCGAUAUCCACACAUUCUUCAGAACCAUUGAUUUCUGUUCUGUAAUCCCAGUAGGAUGACAUCAUUCUUUAAUGUACACCUAUAUAAAUGUACAAUGUCUAUAUUUCUAUGGUGCCCAACAAUUUGUAUCAAAAAAGGACAAUAAAGAAAACUCUUUGUCAUA